AAUAAUAAUAAUAAUAAUAAUAAUGGAUUAUUUUUAAAAUUAAAAUAAUGGAUGCCAAGACUUCUCUACACAGACACAUUCUCCAGCCUAAUUCGUGGAGAUAAAGACUUCGGAAGCAGUUAGAGACAUCAUGCCAUUUGAGCUAGAACAACAUUCCCAACCGGAACCCGAACCCGGAUCCGGAUCCGGUUUUAGUCAUUACAAUGUUCGGAAGCUCCGAGGGAAGACGUGGGACAAGUCGAAGAAGUUGUGGGAGAUAGCCGCGCCGGCGAUCCUCACCACCGUGGCGCAGUUCUCCAUGGGGUUUGUUACUGUUGCGUUCGUCGGACAUCUCGGCCAGGUCGAGCUGGCUGCCGUAUCCGUCGUGCAAAACGUGCUCGAAGGCUUCGUUUUUGGGGUAAUGCUAGGUAUGGGUAGCGCACUCGAGACGCUAUGCGGGCAAGCGGUCGGUGCGGGCCAAUUCGAGAUGCUCGGGAUCUACAUGCAACGAUCGUGCAUAAUAACCACGAUCACGGCCCUAUUACUAUUGCCGUUAUACAUUUUUACGGCCCCUAUCCUCAAAUUGCUACGCCAAAGUACGAGCAUUUCCGAACUCGCGGGAAAGUACGCUCUCUGGGUUCUCCCUCAAUUGUUCGCGUACGCGAUCAAUUUUCCCGUGCAAAAAUUUUUGCAAGCGCAGAGCAAAAUCUGGGUGAUGACGAUCAUUUCCAUCGUAGGUUUGGGAUUUCAUGUCAUUUUGAAUUGGAUAGUUGUCGUAAAAUUUGAGAAGGGCCUCCUCGGCGCGGCUAUGGCCGAGAAUUUAUCGUGGUGGGCCGUCGUAUUGGCCCAAGUUGUUUACGUGGUUGCGGGAUAUUUUCCUGCAUCGUGGACCGGAUUUUCGUCGGCGGCGUUUAAAUCCCUUGGGAAUUUUUUGAAAUUAUCGCUUGCGUCGGCCAUCAUGUUGUGUUUGGAGCUUUGGUAUUACACUCUGUUGAUUCUUAUGGUUGGUUGGCUAAAGAAUCCAGAAAUUGCAGUUGAUGCAAUAUCUAUUUGCAUGAAUUUGGAUCUUUGGACAAUGAUGAUCACUCUUGGCUUCAGUGCUGCUAUUAGUGUUCGUAUCGGAAAUGAGUUAGGAGCUAAUCGUCCGAAGGCAGCAAAGUUCUCAGUGAUUGUAACCGUUGGUACGUCGACAUUGUUUGGUCUUUUGUUCUCCGGAAUCAUUCUUGCAACCCGGAACUCCUUCCCAAAAUUAUUCACGGGCCGUAAGGAAGUUAUCGCGGAAACAUCUAAAUUAGGCUAUUUUUUGGCCGCAACAAUUUUUCUCAAUAGUAUUCAGCCAAUACUUCACGGAGUGGCAAUUGGAGCGGGUUGGCAGGUAUCUGUUGCUGUAAUAAAUAUCGGAACCUAUUAUGUAUUUGGGCUUCCUUUUGGUGCUUUGCUCGGGUACAAACUCGAUAUGGGCGUCAAAGGGAUUUGGCUUGGCGUGAUGGCCGGUUGUUUCUUACAAACCAUAUUAUUGACUUUGUUUGUGCUUCGAGCAAAUUGGAAUAAAGAGGCUUUAAAUGCUGAAGAACGGAUUAGAAUGUAUGCUGUUUCGGCUAUCACCCAAAAUCAAAGUAUAGAAGAUAGAGUAACAAACGAAAAAUAAUACAAAGGAAAACAUUAAUAUAUAUGUCAGUGUCUUUCAAUUUUGUAGUAUAUGU